AUGUCGCAUCGAAACUCGUACGAGGAUCUUUCCCUGAAAGAAAUGGGCGAUCGAGCGACGACGCCGACGUACUGGAAAACCGAGGAGGAGUGGUUGACGAAACACCACCCGAGCGCUUUGUUGCUCAAUGAUGAUGAUGACGAGAACGAUGGCAUCGAGGGAAGAGAAGAAGAAGAAAAACAACGAACGAAUCAGAAUAACAGUUUGAUCGCGAAAUUGAAGAAACAACUGAAAUCGGAAGGGAAACAGUUGGUGGUUUUUUUGGAUUACGACGGGACGUUAUCGCCGAUUGUAUCUCAGCCGGAAAAAGCGUUCAUGUCAGAAGAGACGAGGCGAGCGGUGCAAACGGUGGCGAAGAAGUUUCCGACGGCGAUCGUUUCCGGACGAGCGAGAGAGAAGGUGUACGAUUUUGUAAAGUUGGACGAGUUGUAUUACGCGGGAUCGCAUGGGUUAGAUAUAGCCGGUCCGAAAGGCUCGCCAGAUAUCGAUUAUAAGCCGUGCUUGUGGGCAGAGGAUGUCAUGCAGAACGUGUUUGAGACGUUGAAGAAAAAGUUAGAUUCAAUAAAAGGCGCGGUUGUGGAGACCAACGUGUUUUGCGUGAGCGCGCAUUAUCGCCAAUGCGAAAACGAAGAGGACGAAGCAGAGGUGGAAAAAGCGGUAGAUGAAAUCGUAGCGCAAAAUAAAGACAAGUUGCGGAAACAUUCCGGGAAGAAAGUGUGGGAAGUGAAACCAAAAGUCGACUGGGAUAAAGGGAAAGCUUUGUCUUAUUUGUUGGAAGCUUUGAAAUUGAACGAUCGAAAAGAUGUCAUUUCCAUGUAUUUAGGCGACGACGUGACGGAUGAAGACGCGUUUGAGGUUUUACGGAAACUCAGCGACGACGAGACGCAAGGCGACGGCGUCGGGAUCGUGGUGACCAAAGUUCCCAAGCAAACGAAAGCGAGUUAUUCGUUGAGAGAUACCGACGAAGUUUUGCAAUUUUUAACCAAAGUCGGAAACAUAGACGUGUAG